AUGUCAGCGGCUGCCCUGGGGGGAUGGGGCUACACAGCAGACCGGCCGUUGCUGUAUGGAGGGACCGAGUCUACCAACAAGCGUGUCACCUCAGCUGCGAGACAGGCCUCCUACUCGCCUCCCACUCGGCCUGCAACAGCACGACCCCUGCAGCGGCAGCCGUGUGUGGAUGACGCUGGACCCCCCAUCGCAGCUGACACCGGCCCCCAUGGGACCAAGCGGGACAAGCACUCUGUACCACGGUUGCAACCCCAGGGAAGCCGGCGAACGGCUUAG